AAGCUGCUCAGUGGGAAACACAUCAACCCAUUCAUCAACACACAAUGAAGAUGAUGUCACAAAGUCCACACACACAGAGCCGUACCUGCUUUAGGACAUUUAGUCAUGAGAUGCAAUUCUUGGGUUGCUGUAAGGUGAACUAAUCUAGCUGCACUGAUGAAUGAGGAAUACAAUGCAAGGCCUUAUCUCAUCCUUAGUGGGAUCAGGUAAAAUUUAAUGCAGGAUUCGAGCCAAGGGAUUUGGAGCUUUCCCUCCAUUCAUCUUUCCACUGCUGACUGUGGCUGGAUGGGCUCUGAGCCCGUGACUGUGGGUGGGACUGAAGGCACUGAUACUUUGUGGACUGUGGUGCUUGACCUGCUACUGGGCUUUACCAAAGAAAGGCUUAUCCAGAUACUGUUAACAAUAUCACUAUAUUUUGCUUAAAUCCACUUUUGUUAAAUAAUAUAAAAAAUAUUUCGACGUGAAAUUAAAUUAUAUUUCCAUGAUUUAAUUUAAAGAAAAAGAACUGAUAAAACUGUAUCGGAACCGGAAGUGACGGAGUCAGAAGUGACGCCGCAGGAAAUGCAUAACGUACACAACAAAGAUGGCGUCUCCCGGCGAGGCAGCGACUCAAGACUCACACGUGGGUAAAAAAAAGAAGCCUCCGGCUCGUUACUGGGACAAGACGCAGGAGGAGGAGAAACGUGGAAACAAAGCUGAAAACGAUGGAGAACAGACUGGACCUGCACUGCAGCAGAAGGAGCAAAAGACACGGAAAAGGAAGAAAAGAAAGGAAGAGGAUAAAGGAGAUGGGAAGAAAUUCAUAUCAGGCAAAUCUGACCCAUUCCCAGGGCCCGCUCCUAUACCCAAAGACAGAGUACAGAAGUUCAAGAGGAAAGACAAGACUAAAAAGCCUGCCCGCUCACAUUACAAGCUGAAAGAUGCGAUUGCUCGUUCAGAAGACGUUUCUGAAAUGGCCCAGAAACAAGCUGCCCGGUUUGACCUCCUACUCCCCGAGGACGCAGGGUUUUUAGAAGGAGACGAAGAUGAGGACACGUGUACGAUCUCUCAAGAGGACAUUGCAGAAGCUGUGGAUAUAACAUCAGGAGCAAAGUAUUUCAACCUGAAGCUGUCCCAGUUUGGACCAUAUCGGCUGGAUUACAGCAGGACUGGACGUCACCUGCUGCUGGGUGGGAGGAGAGGGCAUGUGGCUUGUAUAGACUGGCUGUCCAAGCAGUUGAUGUGUGAGAUAAAUGUGAUGGAGUCCGUCAACGACGUAAAAUGGCUCCAUAGUGAGGCCAUGUACGCGGUGGCUCAGAAGAAGUGGCUGUACAUUUAUGACUCCAGUGGAAUAGAGCUUCACUGCAUCCGCAAGUUCAACGAUGUCCUUCGAAUGCAGUUCCUCCCCUACCAUUUUUUGCUAGCCACAGCGAGUGCUACAGGGUUCCUGCAAUACCUGGAUGUAUCUGUGGGGAAGGAGGUGGCGGCUAUCUGCACCAAAACUGGCCGACUUGACGUGAUGUGCCAGAACCCCAAUAAUGCCAUCAUCCACCUAGGUCACUCCAAUGGCACGGUCACCCUCUGGUCACCGAACCAGAAAGAAGCCCUUGUCAAGAUGCUCUGUCACAAAGGUGGCGUGCGAUCGGUCACUGUGGACAAGACGGGCACAUACAUGGUGACAUCUGGUAUGGAUAAAAAGCUGAAGGUUUAUGACGUUAGAGCUUUCAAACCCCUCCAGUCCUACUUCCUCCCCGCUGGAGCUUCCUGCUUGUCUCUGAGCCAGAGAGGAGUGCUGUCCGUAUCCACAGGGGACAUCGUUCAGGUGUACAGGGAUGUUUGGAGCACUCCAGUGACGAAACCCUACAUGGCACACAGAGUUCGGGGAGCAGUGUGGGGGCUGCACUUCUGUCCCUUUGAGGACGUUCUCGGAGUUGGGCAUGCAGACGGUUUCACAAGCAUGCUCGUACCAGGUGCCGGUGAACCUAAUUUUGACGGCCUGGAUGCAAAUCCAUACCGCAGCGCAAAGCAGAGGCAGGAAUGGGAGGUGAAAGCCCUCCUGGAAAAGAUCCAGCCGGAACUCAUCAGCCUCGACCCCACUGAGCUGGGGCGAGUGGACAUCGCCACUUUUACGCAAAGGCAUCAAGACAGAGUGGCAGCUCUGGGCUUUGACCCGCUCGCUAAAGAAAAGUUCAUUCCCAAAUAUAAGAAGAAAGGUCGCAGUUCUGCUGGCGGCAUCGAAAGGCGCAAGAAGCAAGUUGCUCAUGAGGACCAGAGGGAUGAAAUCAGGAAAACCGUGGAGGACAAAGUGAAGAAGGCAGAAGAACAGAAAGCACGGGAGCGAAAGAAGGCAGUGCUCGCAAGCCAGAAGUCUGCUCUGGACAGAUUCAAAAAAUAGAAAAGAAGCAGCCUUUGUGUAGCUCAAACUCCCGCAACAUCCAGUGGGAGUGACCUCUGAACUUAACAUAAAAGACUUUUUGAACCCAUCAAAUCAUGCAAAUCGUGACACAUUCUCGAUGUGGCCAGAAAUGGGGUCUUGCAUUCUCUGAUGCAACAGUAAUCGUUAUUGAAUGGAAAAGUAGGGCAGUUCUAUUCAAUGCCUGUAGCCUGAAGCACACGCUCUCUGCAUGGUCUAAUGUGAGGCCCAAUAGCUGUGUCAACCAGAUUGUAUGUAACCUUGUAUUUGCAAAGGUUUGGAUCUCGCCAAAUGGUUCAUCUGUUCCCGAACUGACUUAACAUGUGUUUUUGUAUAAAGAACUUCUAAAAUAAAAUGAAAAAACAAAACACAA